ACAGCCUGCUGGGUGGGAGGUUUUCCGGAGCGAUGUCGAAAGCGCUGCAGAGCAAGAGCCCCCCACCGGGCGAGCCUCCGAGCUCUAAGGACAACUCAGGAAGAAGGAGCUGGGGGCUGUUGAUCACUGGUGGCGUUGGUGGGACCUUGGUGGCUUUGUAUGCUAUUGCCACCCCAUUCGUAAUGCCAGCGCUGAGAAAAGUUUGCCUGCCUUUCAUUCCUGCGACUUCAACUCAGAUUGAAAAUGUCCUGAAAAUGCUACAGAACAGAAGUGGUUCUCUGGUUGACAUCGGUAGUGGGGAUGGCCGUAUUGUGAUAGCUGCUGCAAAAAGGGGAUUCAAAGCUGUUGGUUAUGAAUUAAAUCCCUGGUUAGUCUGGUACUCCAGGUAUCAUGCCUGGAGAGAUGGGGUACAUCAGAACACCAAAUUUUAUAUUUCAGACUUAUGGAAGGUUUCUUUUUCCCAUUAUACAAAUGUCGUUGUUUUUGGGGUACCUCAAAUGAUGCCACAGUUGAAGAAGAAGCUAGAAGAAGAACUUGAGUGUAAUGCCAGAAUAAUUGCCUGUCGUUUUCCUUUCCCUUGCUGGAUUCCAGAUCAUACUACUGGAGAGGGAAUAGACACUGUGUGGGCCUAUGAUCUGAAAGCUAACAGACAUGAAACAAAAUCCUUGGAAAUGACAGCAAGGACAGAAUUCUGAAUAUCUCAUUUUUGUUUUAUAUUGAAAUUUUCAACUUUGACUUCAUCUCUUAGAAGAUGAGAUUAAUGCUAAAUAGCAAAAAUGUAAUAUAUCCUGGAGUUAUAAAGUAACACUGAAAUAUGUUACUGAUUACCUGAAAAAAAAUAGAAGAUCAGUGAAAUGUAUAAAGGACUUUAUGGUAUUAGUAAAAAUUAUGAGAAAGUUCUACAGAAAUAGAGAACUUCAGUAAUGAAAAUGGCAUAGACACUACUGUUAAAUGGAACAUAAAUAAGUUGAAAUGUUCUACUUAGCUUAUUUAAAAUAUGUAUUCUUUUGAUCAUGCAUAGCAUUCAUUGUUGGUGAUAAGUGAUAUGCAAGUGGCUCCUCAAAUGAGCAGUGAUUCCCAAAUGUCUUCACCAGUUAAGCUUAAUGAGCACAAUGCUGCACUUCUUAUUUGGCUAGAGCUACGUAUAUCAAAUAGUGAUAAAUACUGAAUAUGAUGGCACUGAUGGUUUACACUUUAGCUUUAAAUAAUUGCAUUUUAAAGGUGUGUAUGACACACAAGCAGACAUAACAAGUCAUUUUUUUCAUUAGCACAAGUGCUGUCCUUGAUUUAUAUUAACGUAUUUUUAACUUGUAACAUGGAGACAAAACUCUAAAAACAAGCUCUUAAGAACUCUUGCUGAUAUAAGCCUUUGUAAAUGAGUAUGAUUUUUCUUAAUAUCUCUGAUUGAAGGUCUCAAAAGUCA